AUGUAUAGAGGCGUACCUCGUCUAAGGGCCUCGGGAUCGUUGAGAUGGAACAAUCUAUCGAAGGCCCAGCUGAGAAGAAGAGCUUCAAAUUCAAUAGCUGCUGUUCAAGACGCAUUUUAUUCCACCAAAGAGAUAUUUGAGAGGCAUAAAGUGAUUGUGAGAAUGGUUUGGCUGCGGUAUACUAUCAACGAACACGAUAACGACGGUGUUAUUGUGUUGGACGGCGACAACAGCGGGAGGCGGAAGAUUGAGCUGGUCAGUGGCGGGACGUGGGGGAGCACAACGGAGGUCGGGCAGAGAGAGGAAGGUGCGAUGGUGGGUCAGGAGCAACGAACAUGGUGGCGAACGGAGAUGACGGCGGAGAUGGUCUCCGCAUCAAAUGCUUUUUGA